AUGAAGCAAGUUGAUGUUAACAAAUAUUUCGAAAGACAAUUAGAUGUUGGAGACAACAAUGGUGAAGGACACGAUGAAACAGAAAAUUUUAAUAGUAAAGGACUUUUCAUUGAAGUCUUAUCUUUGAUUAGAGAAGAUAAUGAGAAGAUUUUUAAAGUUACUUUAGAAAAUGCUCCCAAAAAUGAAAAGUUGACUUCUUCGACAAUUCAAAAAGAUAUUGUCAAUUGCUUUUCAAAAGAGAUAAUCGAGUCUAUUUGUGAUGAAAUUGGUAAAGAUGUGUUCGGUAUAUUAAUUGAUGAGUGUAGUGAUGUUUCCAAAAAAGAACAAAUGGCUAUAGUUUUGAGAUAUGUUGACAGACUUGGGAUUGUAAAGGAAAGAUUUAUCGGAGUUCUUCACGUGUUGGAUACAUCCUCUUUGACUCUUAAAGCCGCCAUCGAUACUGUGAGGGGCAAGGUUAUGAUGGAUCAAGUAAUAAAUGAAAACAGUUUCACACAUUAUAUACAUUGUUUUGCACACCAACUUCAAUUAGUGGUUGUGGCAGUUGCAAAGAAACAUGAUGAUGUUGAAGAAAUCUUUGAACAACUAGGUUUGGUGGUUACUUUCGUAUGUGGAUCUUUGGAAACCGAAAUCGGUAUUGGUGGAACCGAAACAGGAAGAGAGUUGAAUCAAGAGAUUUCUCUUUUUCAAGUUGGAGAUACUAGAUGGGGUUCACAUUUUAGAACUAUUGUAAGUUUGUUGAAGUUGUUUGCAGAAGUGGUUACGGUCGUUAAAUAUGUCAAAGAGGAGUGGUCUACUUUAUCUAACCGUAAUCAAGCAAAGGGUAUUUUGUCAUAUUUCAAAACACUUGAUUUUGUGUUUCUUUUACAAUUAAUGUUGGAAAUUCUUUGUCUCAUGGAUACUUUGUCAAAUCAUCUUAAAAAAAGAUCAAGAUAUUUUGGAAGCGACUUCGUUAGAAAAGAUGGAUUUCCACAAAUUUGGAAGAAGCGUAGGACCAAUAAGACUAAUCAACAUCAUUCUGAAGUUGUUAUUUUUAACAUGAUUUUGGAUAUGCAAAUUCAAGAAUUUGGGGAAAGAUUUAGUGAAGUUGGCACAGAGUUGAUGGAGAACAUGGUAGAUUUGAGUCCCUGUGACUCAUUUUCUGGUUUUGAUAAAGUAAAGUUGUUAAAGUUAAGCGAGAUAUACAAAAACGAUUUUGACGAUUCAAAAAGGGCGCAACUUAAUGGUCAACUUGAUACCUAUUAUCACUCUUUGCUCCAUGAUGAGAGUUUUUCAACUUGA